UUGAGAGAAGAGGACAAAAACAUACCAGAGAGAUUUCUUAUGGAAACAUACUUUUAGGAACAAGAGCACAUGCCAAUAUCUAAUAGCGUCUGAGAAAACAUAACCAUAUGAUACUCUAUUCUUGCAUGUCCCACGAAACAAUUCAUAGAUCAGUCUAUAUAUACCGACCUCUAACAACAUCUUCUUCAUAUCAUCAACAACAAGAAGCAUUAAUCCAAGUACUUGAGACUAAACAAAAUCAAUUUUUGGAAGUUUCAGAAAACAAAAAUGGCUUUGGUAAGAGGUUUGAUGGCUGCAAAGAAGAUUCUUGGGGGAUCAGUAGGAGGAACGAGGAAAGAAACUGCAGCACCAAAAGGGUUUCUUGCAAUGUACGUAGGUGAGAGCCAGAAGAAGAAGCAGAGACACAUUGUGCCAGUCUCAUACUUGAACCAGCCUUUGUUUCAGGAUCUUCUCAUAAAGGCUGAAGAAGAGUUCGGAUUCAAUCAUCCGAUGGGUGGUUUGACGAUCCCUUGCCCUGAAGAUACCUUCCUCACUGUAACUUCUCGGAUCCAAGGAUGAUCAUCGUAUGAGAAAUUUUUUUAACAUUCUUUUACUGUUAGAUUAGAUGACAAUAUUUUUUCAUCUUUCUUUAAAUUGAAAGAUUUGAUCUAGAUGAUAGGUAAUAUUCCAAUGUGUACAUACAUGCCAAAUUUUUGUGUAAUAAUAUCGAUGGAAUCAAACAAUAAGAUCCAGAAAGAUUUCUCAGA